AUAGGUUUACAGAUCUUAUAUCUUACUUAAACUAAGCUUGUUGUCCUAACUGAGGUUUCAUACAUAUCUGUCAACUUUGUUUGAAAUCUAUGAAUAUUGAUAGUUUAUAAGAAGUGGUAUAAUAGAGGCUAAGUAGAGGUAUAUAAAGUAUCUGUAGGAUUUACAACUUUACUAGAAUGUAUUCUUGAUUUAUUAUUUGCCUUUUUGCUAGUAACUUUAAGAUUCAAUUUUCCAUGAUAUUGUUAAGCUAGCUAUACAACUCAUACCAUACCAGACAGUGCUCAUUCAGUACACAGACUUUGUCUCACCAGUAGCGAUCACCAAGGCUUUUGUCUAGUAGCUGUACUACUUCGUAUCGCAAGUAAAACCUUGGUGCCUGAUAGUCACGCCAAACUCAUUACCGCGCAUUACCCACAAGUCGAGUGAUGUGCUAUGCCCGGACAACCACCCCGCCAACCACGUCCACAUCUCACUUUAAAACAAAGCAGCGAAAAACACCAAAAAUUGAUUUAUAGUAUGCACAGAAGAUUUCUCGAUUCCGCGCUCCAGUAUAUCGAUCAUACCGCUUCACUCACUGCACUCCCCACGCUGCUUUCCACCAACUAGUCAGUCCCAACCCAACUCAACUCAUUACACCCCCACCAUAAUUUUUUUCACCAAAACAUGUCAUGUAGUAGCAAGCAAAACACAGUGAAUAAGCUGCCAAUAACAAGGUAAAAAAUAAAAAUAAAAAUAAACAAAGAACGGAUCCAAAACAAAUGAACACAAAAACUCCUUUUUUUUCUUCUUUUCUUCCCAGUGUUCGAACUCGGACCUACGAGACAAACAUAGAAGACAAAUCACACAUGGAGACCAAAAGAGGCUAGACAGUAAGGUAGGUGAAGAAAUAAUCAAACCAAAAAAAAUAAAAAAUAAACAAAACACCCCAUGCAGAAAUUGAACAAGAAAUCGAACAAAGAGAAGACAAGACGUUGUGGGAGAAAGUAAUGACAAAAAUGAAUAUUCAUACUUGUAUGAUCGUUGGAAAAAAGGUCAAUAAGAAAAAAUAGAUAUAUAUAGAAAAUAAGAGUGCCGAUGACAAUUGUAUUGAACUGGUAAAAUGUUUAACUCCGUAUUGGCGAUGACGAUGACGACGAAUGGUGACAUGUGAAGAAGAAAGAUGAGGAAUGAAGAAUGAAUAAAUAGUGGGAUAUGAUGGCGUUAUCGUAACUCAAUAAUGACAAGAAAUUGAAGGGUUCAUUGGAUGGUGGUGAGGAUAGGUGGCUCGCACUAGAUCGCCGCCGGAGAGAGGGAGGGACGAGAUGAGACGAGACUAACCAUCCUACUCACACCCACUCCCUCGCAAGGCGUGGCAAGACAAGUCAAGCUAGCAAGACACCCGUGCGGAAAAGAAACACAGGGUUCCCAGAAUUCGUAAAGAUAAAUAUAGCAAGAGAAAAUGGGGAAAAAUAAAACCCGAAAGAGCGGCCGACCAUGAUUGGGCUCAUCUCGAUCAAUGCACGGACGCAGCACGCAUAAUGGUCUCCUUCAUCUUUUCCAGAUCACUGUGCAUUCUCAGCACAGUAUCUAGCUUUUCCUUCUUCUUGAAGGCGUCCGUGAUGGCUUGGACCUCCCUGUGUAGCCUCUCAUAGCGUGCGUAGUCCUCCUUGAACCUGCGGGCUAGUUGGAUUGUCGAGAUGUCAAGAGAAAUGUUUCGACGUUUGUUGCUGCUAGUGCUAGAGGCGGUGGAUGUGCUAGUGCUUGGCCUCUCACGCUCACGUUCGCGGUCUUGGUCCCGGCCCCGCUCCCUUCCUCUCUCCUUGUCACGGUCCCGCUCCCGAUCGGUCGAUCUUCCAUUUGGUCGUGAAUAAAUAUCCUCACGAUCACGGUCCGCCGCCAGAGUAGCCUUUCUCUUUAACGGUGGAGAGCUGCUCGGGAUGUAGCGCGGUUUUGCCUUCGCAGCAAGCGUAACCGAAUCUAGCGGCGAUCGACCGGGUGUCGCCGUUCCCGCGAUCGGCGUCAAGAGAGAAGGGGAGGAAGCAGCUGUUGUGCCACCCAUUUCUGAUGCGUUCAUCGGCGAUGACCCCAGAGGCGAGGGUUUAGGUGGAGAGUUGCUCGAGCUACGUCGGGCGAUCUGCUCCUUCGAGGAAAGUGAAUUGGCACUUGGGUUCGAUGCAGGUGCAAUCCUGUACCCAUUUGCCUUCGUGGCAGCAGUAUUGGCCGACCUUGGAGGUGCAAUUUUCCUUGCUUUCUUGACAGGGGACUUCUGCACUUUGUUGGGCAAGGCCUUUUUGGGCUUCAGCCUUGUCUCCUCCGCCUCCAAAUCCGAGGCUGGAGCGGAUGUUAUUGAUGGAGCCUUGGACAUUGGGCUCGGAGCCGGCCUCGUCACCAGAGUGGUCUUCUUCUCCACCGGUUUAGUGGGCGACAGUUUCACAUCCUCCAUCUCAAUGUCCUCGUCAGAAUCUUCAACCCUCUCUGCAGACUUGAUUUUCGAAUUCGCACUCGCGGCACAAGUUUCCCUUGCAGCCUUGGUAGCCUUAGUGUUCGCAGACUUUGGAGCUUUCACCGUGGCUCCUCUAGCCUUGGGUGUCGCUGCCUUUUUCGGGCCCUUCUUGCCUAUUAUUCGCGAAAUGGAACCCCCUUGCCCCGCCUUAGUAGCCGGUUUCGCCGCCGGAGCGUUCUGUGAAUUAGAUCUACUCAUUGACUCAUCACCGCUCGGCUUCUUCCCGGUUAGCGAGACUUGCGACGGCUCCGUGGCGUCUCCUAUAACCUUUAUGCUUGGCGGAGGCACAGGCUUCGCUGGCCUGGUCGACUGCGGGGCCGGUGGACAUGGAUCGACCUUCCCUCUGUCCUCUGGCGCUAGCGUCUUCUGCCACUCGGGCGCUUCCCGCGGUAACCGCAGCCUGUUGAAAGCGGCUCUACAAUUCGAUAUGGCUGCCUCUCGGUUCGCCUGUGACGGGUAUGGAAAUUCCCAGAUAUCGAGAUCCCUGUAGACAUCAUCCACCAGUUCCCACAGCUUCAAAACCCUGUACCCAACCUUUUGUAAUAUUCGCAGACACAUAUCUUCAGAGACUCUCGUUCUGGAGGCGAGGUUCUGCUCCGAAUCGGGGCCCAUAGCGAGCAAGUGUAUUAACGGAACCUUCAACGCCUCCAAUUUCGCAUUGAUCAUGGCGGAAUGAGCAGCCGCAUCAGCAUCACUAAGGGCUGGUGAUUUUCCGGCUCUCGUGUGUGGCGUGCUAGGAUAGGACCUCGGCUGCGUCACAGGCUUCCGAGCAUUCUUCCCUCUCCCCGCGGCCGCUUG